AUGCAGCAAAAGCACGGCCCCGACUGGCACCGGCUACUCCAGGGGCCUUGGCUUCUUUGGCCUCUCGUAGACAGAACACUGCAGACGAACCCAGCAGCCGCUGAAGCGCUGUUCCGUUGGCUCGCAGCAGUCCCUUCAGACACAGCACAACGAGUGCGUCUGAGCGCUUUACCUGCUCGUGUCCAAAGGCACGCUUUUCUGAUUUUACUGCGGUAUCCACAGUGCUUCCGUCAAGAUAAAGUGCACUUUCUGCUGAAAGAUUAUAUAUUAGAUCGAGUGGACGCGGUGCUGCAGACGGGCGUUAAAGUGCAGCGCAGGACACCUGGGGAACUGUGCACAGACAAACCUACAAAACCGCUGCAGUCGGGCCAGUUAGGUGCGUGGACCGACGAAAACGUGCUCAGAACCUCGCAGUCUAGUACACAUAGACCGCAGCACGCGGUAGCGAAUGCAGCGUUCGUACUCGAGCAACCGGCUGGGGUGCCAGUUGCCGAGAACCCAGCUUAUCACGAUACCGUCGACACACUGCUGAAGCGGUCAGGUUCCGCGAACGAGACCUCGGGCGAUGAUACGACGAUCCUCUCCGAUAUCCAUUCGAGGACUGCGUUGACCCGCAAUGACCUGGGCAUGCCUCGACAGGGCCGUUUGCGGGCACUUUCACCGGCACCUUUACCGCUGCCGCUGACGAUGCCGCGCUGGAUAGCUGGUCGAUGUGCAGCUUGUCAAUCCUGUCUCCACGAUCGCAUGGGCGAAGCUUUCGCAGACGACCCAUACAUGAAGAUACUCUGGGAGCAAUGCUGGACGCGCUUCGGUGAACCGCCUGAUUCAGAGAUGCAUCAAGGCAAGCGCAUCAAAGUAGCGGAGGCAGUGCCGCUGUCGACCGAAGCCCACGCGCCACCGCCUGCGUCAAGAACAUCCAAUGAGGGCGAAGACGUUUCCCCUGGAUCGCCGCAUGUCGUGGCAGACCAAGGCGCGCUUCGUGCCCCAUGUUCACCGAAUAUGCGGGGCGAAGACGCUCAGCAGGUGCUCGAAUGGCUCAGAAAGCUCCGCGAGGAUGAUCUCGGCUCGAAGGAACCAUCACCGCCAUUAGCCAUUGAUCGACUUCGUACUGCAGCCGACUGGGAAAUUCUGGAUGCCCAGAGUGCCUCGUCUGUCGAUUUGCUUUAUUGUCUAGAGACGAUGUUGAAACUUCCCGAAAGGGUAAGCGUAUGUUGCAUAGAAAGCGGGACACGGACGUUUCUGCUUCGGCUGGUGCGGCAGCUCAAACAACCGGCACCUCGUUCAGUGCUUGGCGUCGUUCGCUCCUUGCAGCGUCAGUGCCCGCGCAUCCUCUUGGAGCAACUUUUAUAUCCAUUGCUGACCUGCUCGGCUACAUGCCAGGGUCCAAGCGUGGCGUGCUUGCAACCGCUGGGUGCCCCACAGGCCGAGCUCUGUGUUCAGAUCCUCGAGGGGGACUGGGAGCCGGCGUUUCGGCGCGAGAUGCUCCACGAAUUGCUGGAACGGCAACUAUGUGAACCCUGGACCGAGCACACCCUUCAGGUCCUCGAGUGCUCGUUGAAGCGACUGCAACCGGCGGUGCUGGACUCGAACGUUGGUGCUCGGCUGGCACAAGCCCUCGAAGCACAUGCUAAUGCGCCGACGCUGCAACGUGCGGGUUUGCGUUUUGCCAAACUGGUGCACCUGCUCCUCAAUCGCUAUCCUGCGGUGGUUGCGGAGCAACGCCUCGUGCUCAUAGCGGCGCUCCAGCAAGCACCCGCAAGUUUUCUACGCGAAUCUGCCCUUCGUAAGCUACAAGCGCCUACCUAG